ACCAAAUCAGAGCAAUAGAGGCUCCAUUAUGUACCGAGCAACAGUCUUACUGCAUGUGAGGCUUUAACUAAUUCCAUUUCAGCAUAUAGGGGGUGUUGCCACAAAGUAGCCAUAUUGAAUGAAUUGAGCUGUCCCACUGUCAACCCCACCAGGUCCCGAUGAAGACAGCUCUUCAUCAAUUAUACUCCCCACGCUUCUCUUCUUCACGAUGGCCGCCACGGACAUAGACAUCUUCGCUAAUGAAGAGAAGCGUAGUCUGGAGCUGGGUGGCCAUGUUGGGUUUGACAGUCUUCCAGACCAGUUGGUCAGGAAAUCAGUCACACAGGGAUUCUGCUUCAACAUCCUGUGUGUCGGUGAGACAGGGAUAGGGAAGUCAACGUUGAUGAACACACUGUUCAACACACUGUUUGAGGCCGAGGAGGCCAGCCACUACCAGAACGGUGUGUACCUGCGGCCCAGGACCUACGACCUGAAGGAGAGCAAUGUUCAGCUCAAACUGACCGUAGUCGACACCGUGGGGUUCGGAGACCAGAUCAACAAGGAGGAGAGCUUCAAACCCAUAGUGGACUACAUCGACACCCAGUUUGAGACUUACCUGCAGGAGGAGAUGAAGAUCAAACGUUCCCUGUUCGACUACCAUGACACCAGGAUCCAUAUCUGUCUCUACUUCAUCGCCCCAACCGGACACUCUCUUAAAUCACUGGAUCUGGUCACCAUGAAGAAACUGGACAGCAAGGUAAACAUCAUCCCCAUCAUUGCCAAGGCAGACACCAUAUCUAAGAGCGAGCUGCACAAGUUCAAGAUCAAGAUCAUGUCAGAGUUGGUGAGCAACGGUGUUCAGAUCCACCAGUUCCCCACUGAGGACGAGGCUGUCACCGAGAUCAACUCCUCUAUGAAUGCCCAUCUGCCCUUUGCUGUGGUGGGGAGUGUUGAGGAGGUUAAAGUGGGUAAUAAGAUGGUGAAAGCCAGACUGUACCCCUGGGGAACUGUACAGGUGGAGAACGAGAGCCACUGUGACUUUGUGAAGCUGAGAGAGAUGUUGCUGAGAGUGAACAUGGAAGACCUGAGAGAGCAGACUCACGCCAGACACUACGAGCUCUACAGACGCUGCAAACUGGAGGAGUUGGGCUUCACAGAUACAGACCCCGACAACAAACCCUUUAGUCUGCAGGAGACGUAUGAGGCCAAGAGGAAAGAGUUCCUGGGGGACCUGCAGCAUAAGGAGGACGACAUGAGACAGAUGUUUGUCAACAAGGUGAAGGAGACCGAGGCAGAGCUGAAAGAAAAGGAGAGAGAGCUCCAUGAGAGGUUUGAGCAGCUGAAGAGGAUGCACCAGGAGGAGAAGAGGAAUCUGGAGGAGAAGAGGAGCGAUCUGGAGGAAGAGAUGAACGCAUUCAACAGGAGGAAGGUGGCAGCUGAGACGCUGAUGGGUCAGUCUCUACAGGGAUCCUCACAACCGUUCAGAAAGGACAAGAAGAAUUGAUUCAUGGCCGCGCAGCAACACCAAGGCAACCAGGAAUGUGUAUCUUCAUCACCAUGGGAACAAGGGACUUAUUUUUAUCUUCACUUUUAUCUUCAGGGACUAUUAUCCAUUCUGAAAAUGGCCUCAGUGACACACCUCUUUGACACUACGUGUGAGAGAGAUGUGUGAUGAUGAGCUGACUGUGAACCCCCAUGUGUAUUCAAGGAUCAGAAAAGUGACCAUACACAGUGGACUUUAUGAAUACAUCCCAAAUGGCACACUAUUCCCUGCAGUAUAUAGUGUACUACUUUUGACCAGGAACAAUAGGGUGUCAUUUGGGACACCUUUUUAUCUCCGGUGCUGAUUCCACAAGAGUCAGCACUGUGAAAAGAAAAUCUGAACUCUGUUAUGACAACUUAGCAUCUGUUGUUUUACAUUCUUGGUGUGAACGUGUGUCCAUCUACCAUGGGAAACAGACCAUGGGAAAAGUCUAAUAAUUAAUCCAUUGCUGUCUUACAUUAAUACAGAACUUGUAUACUGUAUAUGAAUAUAUGCAUAUUAAUACUAUAUUUGUUUUUAUAUAUAUAUAUAUAUAUAUUAAGAAGUAGUUUAUGAUGCUGUAGCUAGGUAGAGUACAGUAUAUUUAAUAAUAAUUUAUUACGUUUCUAUAGCGCUUUUCAAAGAAUCUCAAUGUGCUUCAAAAACAAACAAGCAAUAUAUAACAGCCUCCACUCUUCUGGGAAGGAUUUAACCCCUUAUUUUUGGCACUAAAAAGUCGCUCUACAUACAUACAUACAUACACACACCAAAAGUAUGUGGACACCUGCUCGUCGACUAUCUCAUUCCAAAAUCAUGGGCAUUAAUAUGGAGUUGGUCCCCCCCCCUGCCCUUCGCUGCUAUAACAGCCUCCACUCUUCUGGAAAGGCUUUCCACUAGAUGUUGGAACAUUGCUGCGGGGACUUGCUUCCAUUCAGCCACAAGAGCAUUAGUGAGGUUGUGCACUGGUGUUGGGCGAUUAGGCCUGGCUCGUAGUCUGCGUUCCAAUUCUUCCCAAAGGUGUUCGAUGGGGUUGAGGUCAGGGCUCUGUGGAGGACAGUCAAGUUCUUCCACACUAAUCUCGACAAACCAUUUCUGUAUGGACCUCGUUUUGUGCAUGGGGGCAUUGUCAUGCUGAAACAAGAGAGGACCUUCCUCAAACUGUUGCCUCAAGGUUGGUUAGCAUAGAAUCAUCUAGAAUGUCAUUGUAUAAUGUAGCGUUAAGAUUUCCCUUCACUGUAACUAAGUGGCCCGAACCAUGAAAAACAGCCCCAGACCAUUAUUCCUCAUCCACCAAACUUUACAGUUGGCAUUAUGCAUUGGGGCAGGUAGCGUUCUCUUGACAUCUACCAAACCCAGUUCUGUCUGUCGGACUGCCAGAUAGUGAAGCGUGAUUCAUGACUCCAGAGAACUUGUUUCCACUGCUCCAGAGUCCAGUGGCGGCGAGCUUUAUACCACUCCAGCCGAUGCUUGGCAUUGCACAUGGUGAUCUUAGGCUUGUGUGUGUGACUGCUCGGUCAUGGAAACCCAAAUAAUGAAGCUCCCGAUGAACAGUUAUUGUGCUGACAUUGCUUCCAGAGGGAGUUUGGAACUCGGUAGUGAGUGUUACAACCGAGGACAGAUUCUAUUUACGCUCUACGGGAUUCAGCACUCCGCGGUCCCGUUCUGUGAGCUUGUGUGACCUACCACUUCGUGGCUGAGCCGUUGUUGUGCCUAGACGUUUCCACUUCACAAUAACACUUACAGUUGACCAGGGCAGCUCUAACAGGGCAGAGAUUUUACAAACUGAGUGGUUGGAAAGGUGGAAUCUUAUGACAGUGCCACGUUGAAAAUCACUGAGCUCUUCAGUGCGGGCCAUUCUACUGCCAAUGUUUGCCAGUUGUGAUUUCAUGGCUGUGUGCUCGAUUUUAUACACCCGUCAGCCACUAAUUUGAAGCGGUGUCCUCAUACUUUUGUGUGUAUAUACACUACCGGUCAAAAGUUUACUCAUUCAAGGGUUUUUCUUUAUUUUGACUAUUUUCUACAUUGUAGAAUAAUAGUGACGACAUCAAAACUAUGAAAUAACACAUGGAAUCAUAUAGUAACCAAAAAAGUGUCUAAAUAUAUUUUAUAUUUGAUAUUCUUCAAAUAGCCACACUUUGCCUUGAUGACAGCUUUGCACACUCUUGGCAUUCUCUCAACCAGCUUAAUGAGGUAGUCACCUGGAAUGCAUUUCAAUUAACAGGUGUGCCUUAAGUAGAUUUGUGGAAUUUAUUUCCUCUUUAAUGCGUUUGAGCCAAUCAGUUGUGUUGUGACAAGGUAGGGUUGGUAUACAGCCCUAUUUGGUAAAAUACCAAGUCCAUAUUAUGGCAAUAACAGCUCAAAUAAGCAAAGAGAAACAACAGUCCAUUACUUUAAGACAUGAAGGUUGGUCAAUACGGAACAUUUCAAGAACUUUGAACAUUUCUUAAAGUGCAGUCGCAAAAACCAUCAAGCGCAAUGAUGAAACUGGCUCUCAUGAGGACCUCCACAGGAAAGGAAGACCCAGAGUUACCUCUGCUGCAGAGGAUUAGUUCAUUAGAGUUACCAGCCUCAGAAAUUGCAGCCCAAAAAAAUGCUUCAAAGAUCAAGUAACAGACACAGACUCAACAUCAACUGUUCAGAGGAGACUGUGUGAAUCAGGCCUUUAUGGUCAAAUUGCUGCAAAGAAACCACUACUAAAGGACACCAAUAAUAAGAAGAGAUUUGCUUGGGCCAAGAAACACGAGCAAUGGACAUUAGACCGGUGGAACUGUGUCCUUUUGUCUGGAGUCCAAAUUGGAGACGUGGUGUUGGUGAACGGAUGAUCUCCGCAUGUGUAUUUCCCACUGUGAAGCAUGGAGGUGUGAUGGUGUGGGGGUGCUUUACUGGUGACACUGUCUGAGAUGUAUUUAGAAUUCAAGGCACACCUUACCAGCAUGGCUACCACAGCAUUCUGCAGCAAUACGCCAUCACAUCUGGUUUGGGCUUAGUCCCACUAUCAUUUGUUUUUCAGCAGAACAAUGACCCAACACACCUCCAGGCUGUGUAAGGGCUAUUUUACCAAGUGCUGCAUCAGAUGGCCUGGCCUCCACAAUCACCUGACCUCAACCCAAUUGAGAUGGUUUGGGAUGAGUUGGACUGCGGAGUGAAGGAAAAGCAGCCAACAAGGGCUCAGCAUAUGUGGGAACUCCUUCAAGACGGUUGGAAAAGCAUUCCAGGUGAUGCUGCAAAGCUGUCAUCAAGGCAAAGGGUGGCUAUUUGAAAAAUCUCAAAUAUAAAAUAAAUGUUUUUUUUAAAUUGAUUUUUGGGGGGGUUAAUACAUGAUUCCAUGUGCUUUAUUUCAUAGUGUUGAUGUCUUUACCAUUAUUCUACAAUGUAGGAAAUUGUAAAAAAUAAAGAAAAACCCUUGAAUGAACAGAUGUUUAGACUUUUGACCGGUAGCGUAUGUGUACAUAUUACAGGAGCUCUAUGCUUAGGCUGCUAUUAGGGCUCCAUGGCAACUAUACUAUGCAAUAAGGGUGAAAGCUACCAUUCUAUAUAAUUUAAUUAAAUAUGCAAAAGGAGCUAUGGCAUACAGAGCUGUAGAACAUGCCUCUGACUGCUGUUUGUUCUCUGAAUGUAACUGUUAAAGGGAGAGAGAAGACCUCUGUAUGCCUUUUCAUUCCAAUAAAGAAGUAAAACGGAGUUCACUUGGGCCGUGUAUGCUUUGCUCUGGGACUUCAGAAGGUGAAUCAUGGAUUUAUCAAUGUCGUAUAUUUAUAGCCUAUAUGUAUAAAUCGAAUUCCUGAGUUUUACCAGCCACACGGAUCACUUCUCUGUCCUGUAUCGCUUGGCUGACGACUCAAACUGAAGUCUUCCGUUGCUCUAUCGUUCACUACGUAGUUCAGUCUGAGACGGCCGUCAUUGAAGUCGUUUGUGGUGAUGUCAAAAUGAGGGGGGUUGUACAAAACAUAGUCAGUCAUCAGCGAUUGGAUCAUCUCUAACCAAUCAGAGUAUCAAAGCCAAUGACACAUUUUAAAAACACUGCUUUAACCAAGUGUGUUCUGGCCCAACACAUCGGUUUCAGGGACCAAUCAGAAAUCCAUUCUAGACAUCGUCUGGGAGUUACUCAGAUCCAGACUCAUUGCUGAGAGGAAGCUAACGUCUGUGGGCGUGGCGUAGCGUUUGGCCGGCGCAAGGAGGUUGGGUAGCUGCAUGAUCAGAUGUAGUAGGGCAUCUUUAAAAUACCCAAAACGUGGUUGACUGGUGUUAACCAAGACCUGGUUGACUGUGGUGUUAACCAAGACCUGGUUGUCUGUGAUGUUAACCAAGACCUGGUUGACUGUGGUGUUAACCAAGACCUGGUUGACUGUGGUGUUAACCAAGACCUGGUUGACUGUGGUGUUAACCAAGACCUGGUUGUAUGUGAUGUUAACCAAGACCUGGUUGUCUGUGAUGUUAACCAAGACCUGGUUGACUGUGAUGUUAACCAAGACCUGGUUGACUGUGAUGUUAACCAAGACCUGGUUGACUGUGAUGUUAACCAAGACCUGGUUGACUGUGAUGUUAACCAAGACCUGGUUGACUGUGAUGUUAACCAAGGCCUGGUUGACUGUGAUGUUAACCAAGACCUGGUUGACUGUGAUGUUAACCAAGACCUGGUUGACUCUGGUGUUAACCAAGACCUGGUUGACUGUGGUGUUAACCAAUACCUGGUUGUCUGUGAUGUUAACCAAGACCUGGUUGACUGUGAUGUUAACCAAGACCUGGUUGACUCUGGUGUUAACCAAGACCUGGUUGACUGUGAUGUUAACCAAGACCUGGUUGUCUGUGAUGUUAACCAAUACCUGGUUGUCUGUGAUGUUAACCAAGACCUGGUUGACUGUGAUGUUAACCAAGACCUGGUUGACUGUGAUGUUAACCAAGACCUGGUUGACUCUGGUGUUAACCAAGACCUGGUUGACUGUGAUGUUAACCAAGACCUGGUUGUCUGUGAUGUUAACCAAUACCUGGUUGUCUGUGAUGUUAACCAAGACCUGGUUGACUGUGAUGUUAACCAAGACCUGGUUGACUGUGAUGUUAACCAAGACCUGGUUGACUCUGGUGUUUGUGGGUCAAAGUUUUUUUUCUUCUCCCAACCCUGCAUUUCCCCCACCAAUUACUUUAAUCUGAUUUUAUUUUAACCUGAGUGCUAUGUUUGUGCUAUCAUGCCUACUGUAACAUGUAUGUAUGGCUUGACAAUGAGCAGUGGAGUAUACAAGAGCACAAACAGGUUUGUUACCAGGCUAGUUUUUAUUGGGUUAUCUGAGUUACAUAAGGGAGAUUUUGUUUUAUUGUUCCCAGGCAAUGAAUCAAUGAAUAGCAGGUAUUGUCAUAGUAUUAACCUGCUUCAAGCGAGGGGUAAUUAUGUAGUGAACAAUUAGUCUUGUGAUUGGCACAUGCAAAAUACUGGUCCUUUUAAAAUACUAGCUUACGUGUAGCCUACUUUUAGUUAUAUAAUCGUCAUGUCCAUACAUGUACCGUACACAAUUCCCAUUGAGUAUAGGUUCAGAGAAUGUCAAAGUAGUAUAGUUUGUCAAGUAGUAUGGGCUAAUGUCCUGUUAAUGCAUUAUAACUUUCCUGGGCAUGCAGUAUGUAUGCUUGUGUAUGCUAGCCUACCUGCUUGUCUCCUGUUCAAAUCAAUGACCUGAGGUUUUUCUGUUUCUUUUCAUAGCUUCUUUAGUCUUCCGUCUGCGUGCUCCCUAACAGCAGGAAGGAAUUUAAAUUAGAAGACUGACUUUCUACCACGCCAAAAGGAUGGCUGUUUUAUUCUUCCCCUAUUGACAAUUAACAAUCUAUUGAGCUUACUAUUUUUUACAGUGUGAUUCGAAGCUACAUUUUUGUAAAAAAUAUUGUGCAUCCUAAAUGGCACCCUAUUCCCUAUAAUGUGCCCUACUUUUGACCAGGGUGGCACCCUAUUCCCUAUAAUGUGCCCUACUUUUGACGUAAGCCUCUGGUUAAAAAUAGUGCAUUACAAAAGGAAUAGAGUGCCAUUUGGGAUGCAUUCCUUGCUGUGCUAUGCUCUCCUUCCUGAACUCUUCAAGUGAUGUUCUUACCUAAUACCUAGUCUUGGAGUCUUCCAUACAGCUCAGCAUAUUAGUACACACGUUCUCUAAUAGUCAGAAAGUAUAUAGGCUAUAUAUAUAGGGCUAUAAAGUAGUGCAUUAUAUAGGGUGAUAUUGGGGAUGCAACUUUGGUUGAAUAAAAGCUGAUGCUCUAUAGCAUGCUUCUCUGCAUGACAUUUUACACAUGACUUUCUUCAAUAAGCAUACGAUAACUAGCCGAGGUGCCAGUCUGUUUCUGUUCUAGAAAGCAGUUGGUAAGAGAGCAGUAACCGACUGGCAUUCAGGCUGCAAGACAACACUUUUCAGAUUAAAAUCCCCCAGAGUUUAUGAAGUAGUUCAUUAGGUUAAUAAAUGUGUUUUCCAUGCUGUUGUCAGGGUUUAUUUACCCUGACUGUUCUAUGUAUUGACUAGUGACUCGUCUUAUUCCACGGAAAAUCUGAAAGACUUUUAUUAAGGACGCUGCAACCUGCAAGAGGUUGUUACGGUUGUCUAUUUAUAAGAAAUAACAACUUUAUUUAUCAAACUGUGACUCUGUGGAAUAUGAUCUAUGGAUUAGUCUAGCUACUUAAAUAGUAGUGAUCUUUGUGCUAUGGUGGUUGGGAUUGUAUCAUUUGAUGGCUAUAGAUCAACCACCAAGGUGUAUUUGUCUGAAACUAAGAACAAUAUUCCAGAAGAACAAAAUUAGCUUCUUUCAAUUGUUAUUUGAAAUUUACACUAAAACUACAAAAUAUAAAUGUUAUCCUAAAGUGUCCAAGAUUAUAGUUAAACAAUCUUUAAAAUAAGUUGUCUUAUAGAAGUGAUUGAUUAUACCCUAUAUCGUAUAGAUUUGUAUUUGCUCGCUAUCAAUAAAGCUACUUUGAAAAAUG